ACACAUGACAGCAUCGAUCAGAGACAAAUCAAUAGAAAUGCGUGUUGUGUGUAGUACAUCUUUUGUUAUUAUUUAAUAAAUAUUAUCUUUAAAAUGGAUGAAGUAGCGAAAUUAGAACAUUUAUCGCUUGUUUCCAAAGUAUGUACCGAGUUGGACAACAAUUUGGGGCUAAACGAUAAAGAUUUAGCCGAAUUUAUCAUAGAUCUCGCUGACAAGAAUCCAACUUUUGAAGACUUCAAAAAGGCUUUGCUCGAAAAUGGAGCUGAAUUCUCGGACUCCUUCAUGACUAAUUUGCUGCGUAUCAUACAGCACAUGAAACCUGUUGGUAAUACAACAGAAAAUGUACCAGAAAAAGAAAAUAAAAAUCCUUUAGCUAACAAAUUUCCAGGGCUUGCUAUACCAAAUGAGAAGCCCCGUAAACUGUCAACAGACGAUAGUAGUGAAGACGAGGAAGAUACGAAGAAAAGGAUCACAUCCAAAGACAUUUUCAAGGAAGAACUAACUAAACCUGCAGCAGGUGAUAAUGUAGUUGAUCAAGCUAUGGCUGAAUUGGAGGCUCUUGCGCCUUCAAAUGCUGGUGUGAAGAAAGAGUCGCCGAAAGAGAUUAAGAAGCGUGAACGGAGCAGGAGUAGGGACCAUAAAGACACUAGACAUCGGAGGAGAGAUGAUUCUAGAGAUAGAAAAAAGAGGAGUAGAAGUAGGGAUAGGCGUAGUAGGAGUAGAGAUAGACAGAGUCCUAGUAGAGAUCGCAGAGGUAGUAGGGAUAGAGAUAGAGGAAGAGAUAGGGACAGGGAUAAAGGUAGAGAUAGAGAUAAUGAUAGGGAUAAAGAAAGAAGAAGAAGAUCAAGAAGUCGCCAUCGCCACAGAUCCAGGUCAAGAGACAGACACAGGAGGUCCAGAUCAAGAGGCAGAAGAUCUAGGUCUAGAGGUAAACGAUCACACUCCCGUGAAAGGGAGGAUAGAUAUGGUGAUUUCAGCAAAAAGAUGAGGAAGAAAAGUCCUGAAAUUGAGAUGAGUGAUGAUCCUGAGCCAGGAAAAAUAUACAAUGGCCGUGUAGCAAACAUUGUACCGUUUGGUUGCUUUGUUCAAAUUGAAGGGGUAAAAAAGAGAUGGGAGGGUCUUGUCCACAUCUCACAACUCAGAUCUGAGGGCAGGGUCACUAAUGUGUCUGAUGUGGUAAACAGAGGGGAUAAAGUAAAGAUCAAAGUUUUGUCUGUAACAGGGCAAAAGGUAUCACUUACAAUGAAGGAUGUGUGUCAGGAAACCGGAAAAGAUCUGAAUCCAACAUCACAUGCACAUUUGGAGGCUGAACGUGAAGGUCGUAACCCAGACCGUCCUCCACCAGCCGCUACGGUGUUGGCUGGACUGCAAGGCGGUCUCGAUCCUGAUGAAGACUCUAGCAGGAAGAGAGUUACAAGGAUCUCAAGUCCUGAAAGAUGGGAGAUCAAGCAGAUGAUAUCAUCAGGUGUCAUAGACAAGAGCGAGCUGCCAGACUUCGACGACGAGACCGGACUCCUCCCGAAAGACGAGGAUGGAGAGGCUGACAUUGAAAUAGAGCUGGUAGAAGAGGAGCCGCCGUUCCUACAGGGCCACGGGCGGGCACUCCACGACCUGUCACCUGUGAGAAUCGUGAAGAACCCAGACGGAUCACUCGCUCAGGCGGCUAUGAUGCAGUCCGCGUUGGCGAAGGAAAGAAGAGAACAGAAGAUGAUACAAAGAGAGCAGGAGAUGGAGAGUCUGCCGACAGGUCUAAACAAGAACUGGAUAGAUCCCCUGCCAGAGAGCGAUGGUAGGACCCUCGCAGCCAACAUGAGAGGCACCGGCAUCACUCCACAGGACUUGCCCGAGUGGAAGAAGCACGUUAUCGGCGGCAAAAAGUCGUCCUUCGGCAAGAAGACGAACCUGUCGCUCUUGGAGCAGAGACAGUCACUGCCUAUCUACAAGUUGAGAGAUGAAUUGACUAAGGCUGUAGCAGACAAUCAGAUCCUGAUCGUCAUCGGUGAGACAGGUUCUGGAAAAACCACCCAAAUAACCCAAUACCUAGCGGAGUGUGGGCUUACAGCGCGCGGUAAGAUCGCGUGUACGCAGCCGCGUCGUGUCGCUGCCAUGUCGGUCGCUAAACGCGUCGCCGAGGAGUUCGGCUGCAGGCUGGGGCAGGAGGUCGGAUACACCAUCCGUUUCGAGGACUGCACCAGCCCAGAUACCGUUAUCAAGUACAUGACAGACGGUAUGUUACUCAGAGAGUGUCUCAUGGACCUAGACCUUAACAGCUACUCCGUCAUAAUGUUGGACGAGGCUCACGAGCGUACCAUCCACACUGACGUACUUUUCGGUCUACUCAAGCAAGCUGUCCAGAAGCGGCCAGAGCUCAAACUCAUCGUCACCUCAGCCACCCUGGAUGCCGUCAAGUUCUCACAAUACUUCUUCGAAGCACCAAUUUUCACGAUACCUGGCAGAACCUUCCCUGUAGAAGUCCUGUAUACUAAGGAACCGGAAACUGACUAUCUAGAUGCUUCUUUGAUUACUGUAAUGCAGAUACAUUUGAGAGAGCCCCCUGGAGACAUUCUCCUGUUCUUGACUGGACAGGAAGAAAUUGACACUGCCUGUGAGAUCCUCUACGAGCGGAUGAAGUCCCUGGGCCCUGAUGUGCCAGAGCUGAUCAUCCUGCCCGUGUAUUCAGCCCUUCCAUCUGAAAUGCAGACAAGGAUUUUCGAGCCUGCCCCACCAGGUUCCAGGAAAGUGGUCAUAGCCACCAAUAUAGCAGAGACUUCCUUAACAAUAGACGGUAUAUAUUAUGUAGUGGAUCCAGGGUUUGUGAAACAGAAAGUUUAUAACUCGAAGACUGGUAUGGACUCGUUGGUCGUCACACCUAUUUCGCAGGCUGCGGCCAAGCAGCGAGCAGGUCGGGCUGGCCGUACGGGUCCCGGCAAGUGCUACCGGUUGUACACGGAGCGUGCCUACCGUGACGAGAUGCUGCCCACACCAGUGCCGGAGAUACAACGUACCAACCUUGCCACCACCGUAUUGCAACUGAAAACAAUGGGCAUCAAUGACCUGCUGCACUUUGACUUCAUGGACGCGCCACCGGUGGAGUCGCUGAUCAUGGCGCUGGAGCAGCUGCACUCACUCUCCGCGCUCGACUCCGAGGGGCUGCUCACCAGGCUCGGACGAAGGAUGGCUGAAUUCCCUCUAGAGCCGAAUCUCUCAAAGAUCCUCAUUAUGUCUGUAGCACUACAGUGCUCAGACGAGAUCUUGACCAUCGUGUCUAUGCUCAGCGUCCAGAACGUGUUUUACCGACCCAAAGACAAGCAAGCACUAGCUGACCAGAAGAAAGCCAAGUUCAACCAGCCCGAAGGUGACCAUCUAACGCUGCUAGCUGUGUACAACAGCUGGAAGAACAAUAAGUUCUCAAAUGCUUGGUGCUACGAAAACUUUGUGCAGAUCAGGACCCUGAAGAGAGCUCAAGAUGUCAGGAAACAGUUGCUCGGGAUUAUGGACAGACAUAAAUUGGACGUUGUAUCUGCCGGUAAAAAUACAGUGAGGAUUCAGAAGACAAUAUGCUCAGGUUUCUUCAGAAAUGCCGCAAAGAAAGACCCUCAAGAAGGCUACAGAACACUAGUAGACAGCCAAGUGGUAUACAUCCAUCCUUCAAGUGCAUUGUUCAAUCGACAACCGGAAUGGGUAAUCUAUCACGAGCUUGUCCAAACUACAAAAGAGUACAUGCGCGAAGUGACCACAAUAGACCCGAAAUGGUUGGUAGAGUUCGCCCCAGCCUUCUUCAAGUUCUCGGACCCGACGAAAUUAUCUAAAUUCAAGAAGAACCAGCGCUUGGAACCGCUGUACAAUAAGUACGAGGAACCCAAUGCUUGGAGAAUAUCCAGGGUCCGCAGGAGGAGGAAUUAAUGUUGUGUUUGUAUGUGUAUAAAUCAGAAGCUAAAUAAAUAAAUUAGGUUAUAAAAAAGA